AUUGAUAAAGUUAAUUACAAAACAAAACUUAUCACUACAAUAAAUACUGGCCACAUUGGCACUCGAUCGCCAUUGGCAACGGUUGUGUCAACAAAAAAAAAAGUUAUGUUUACGAAGGAAAACACGAAUGGCGGGUGUACAUUUUGAAGUUGUGCGUUAAAUAUUGCGAUGUAGGAGUGUUAAUACAUGGAUUUUGAGUGUAUUUUUCAGUUUAUUUGUGUUUAUUUAUAUAAUGGGCAACUGUUUCGGUUUUAGACGGCGUCGUUUACGUCGUCACAUAGUUCUAAUACUAAUCGGAUUGGACAACGCUGGCAAAACCAAAACCGUGAACAAUUUAGCUGGUGAAAAUGAUGAUAAGGUUUUACCUACAGUCGGUUUCAAGGCAGUUAAUCUUGUGCAUAAAGAUACACCUGUAACUAUAUACGAUUUGGGCGGGGGGCCACAUUUUCGUCAAAUAUGGCCACAGUAUUACAGCGAGGUGCACGGAGUUAUAUUUGUAAUCGAUUCGAGUGAUUUCACAAGGUUGGACGAGUGCAAAUCUGUGCUGGAGGAGGUAUUAUCGAAUGAUAAAAUAUCUGGUAAACCGAUCUUAGUGCUAGCCAACAAGCAGGACAAGUCAGGCGCGCUGGACGACAUCGAUGUGGUGGAGAAACUCAACAUCGAGCCGCUGGUGAACAGGUAUAGAUGCCCAACGCUGGUCGAGUCGUACAGCGCGCGCGUCGAGACCAACGCAAAAAAGCCAAAAAUCGACCCCGGCCUACGGAAAGGGUACCACUGGCUCCUGAACUACAUCGUGAAACGUUACGGAGAUAUAAACCUGCGCGUGCAGACAGACAUUCACGCCGAGCUGGAGCGACGCAAGCGCAUGUCGCAACCGUCGAACAGAGCUUCCCAAACUUUCACAGCGCUGAGCGACGACAUCGCCACCCAAACCGGUUUCGAAAAUCCAAAUUUCGAAAUUCCAAAAUCCUCAAAAACCUCCGAUGAAUCCAAAGAUUCUAAUCUAAAAGAUUUAGGCAAAGGUUUAAUACUAGUCAAGCCUAUAAGGAAACCGAACAGUAUAGAUUCGACUAUAACCAUAGAGAGCGUAGAGGAAUCGGAUCAGAGUAAUGUUGCCAGACCAAAACUGUCACCGUUAUUCGGAAGGGCUAGCAACACUUCUACCAAUGAGACUGUUAGGAUAGAGUUGGAACCGAGGUCUGAGUUCAGGAAACUCUCGCCUAUAGUUAGGAAGAAGAGCGCUGUGAAUCACAUAGACUUCAAGAAUCGACCGCAGUCCAGUCCUACUUAUGCUAGGAAUAUGUUCUCGCAAUCCAGUAAGAACUCGUCGAUCGCCGAGGAGCCGAGGGACGAGGGUCGAACCCUGGACCGCAAGCACCGCGUGCUGCUCAACGAGGCGGACCUGGCGACUGCGCACCGAGAGAUUGUGUUAACUGCUCGAGAGCACACGUCGUCCGAUGUGACGCACGCCUGGAGCACGUUACCCGCCGCGCCGCGCCCCGCGUCCGCCUCGCAACUGCUGCGCCGGCAGUUGGAGCUGGGCCCCGCCACGCCAAACAAGCGACGACUGAGCCUUCGCCAUAUGCAACGCAACAAAACCAGCCCAGAACGCAACACAAUGCUCAUAUACGAGCCCAAAGCGAAGAAACAUCUAGAUAAGGGCGACUUUGAGACACCCACUGCGAUUAAUUAAAAUUAUCUCUUUAGUAUUUAAAGUAAUAGUCUGAGAGCUGGUCGACAUUUUUGGGCAGGGUCUUAAGCAAGAUGAAAACAUACUGUACCUCACUUAUAGGUACUACUCUAACCUGCUUGCUGCUUGCCACACAGUACCAGUGACGUGGGAAGUAGCGAGGGAAGUUAGCAGAGAAGUUGUUUGGACACGUUACUGGUCCUGGCGCAUUUUAUGCCGCUCGUCCUGCUCACCGCUCCCUAUUUAGUCGAAUUAAAGCGAGCGCGAGUUGAAAGUCAAUACGGGACGUUGUGGUUAUUUGCGAGAGUAGACAGGGCGAGCAACUUGAUGCCCUAAGCAAUCUUCCCCUAUCCUUAAGUGAACUACUACUACUAAAAAUUAAAAAAAAAAAUUAAUUAUACGUACCGUAGAAUAUGUACCUAACUAUCUAAAUCAACAUCAAUUUAAAACGGCGGGGUUUUUAAAUUGUUUUGUCUUUUGUGUGCUCCUUUUUUCUCGGUCGUAUCUGGUCCCCCCCCCUAGAUGCCCUAGAUCCCCCCUACACGGGAUGCCAAUUCUUGCUACUAAUAGUCUCAAAUACCUACCCAAAAAUGUUGACCAGCUCUUCCACUAUAACUUGGGUGCUUUUCAAUACUUAAUACUGAAAUAGAAAAUGUGAGUUCUGAGAGUUUGGUUUACGACGCGACACACGAACGCGCUCAUGAUUAAGAACCUUGGUUUUGAGCAUCGUACUUUGACAGAUUUACGUGAUCCAAAUGAUUUUACUAAAUGUUUAUAUUAUGAAUACUUGAAUGCAUUACCUAUUUUACAAAAGUUUAAUUAUUCCUAUAAAUAAUAAAUUCGCUGGCGUUUACAAGUAGGUAGGUACCUAUUAUAUUAUAGAUAGGUUAGAAUUAGUGAUGUGACGGUGCUUUAAAAAUGUACAUCCGCUGAUACAUAAUAUAGGGAUAUGCAGCACAUCACUCGUAGAAUUAGUAUUGUUCAUUUGAUCCCGGUUCCUGAAACGGCAAUCAAUUUCGUGUGUGACCUAAAAAUGUGUGAUUAUUAUUAUUUCCAAAUUCAGUUGCUAUUUACAGCAACUUGAUAUUCUGAUUAGUUAUCAGAAAUUUAUUUAAUUAAUGAAACAUAAUUAUUAAAUUGAUUUUUUUAAACGGAGUAAAACUGAGAGUAAAUUAGCCGUUAUCAAUAGGCCAGUGGUAUUAUAAUAUUGAUCGGCGUUUCAGAAAUCGAUCUGUAAUUGUUUGUUGAUUUUAUAGGGAAAUUAUUGUUAAAAAAUAUACGUUGUAUUAUAAUUAAACAAUGCUAUAAUAAUAAUUAAUGUUUUAAUGCUAAUUUGAUUUGUUUUCUACGUAAGCUUUCACGUUAUGUCAAUCCAACUAAAUUGUAUGGAAUAAUUUCCAUAUAAUAUGAUUUACACUUACAUUUUUUAAUGUGUACUAAGAGCACCUAUGUUUAACGAUUUGUUAAGUUUCGUAGCUACAUUUAUGAAUAUUGCGUUGUUGUUUUUUCUUAGUCCUUCAAUAUCUAGUGAUGCAUAACUUCAAGUCAAUAUUUAGUUAAGUAUUUGGUAUAUUAAAUAAAAUACAUUAUUCUAAACACAGGGUACAGUAUAUUUGUAAAUAUGUAUAAUGAUAAAGUACUAACAAGUACAUAUUUUAAAUAUAUACACUAUGUUAGUUAAAGAAUUUUCCUACCUAGAAAACAAUAAUGAAUAUUUCAAAUAAUAUAUAAUUCUAGCUAUGACUCAUAGCUUCUUUUUAUGUAUAACAAACGAAAAACUUAUCAAAGCGAAAAAUCUAAUAAAAUAUCUAAAAAAAACUAAAAUACACUUCUGCCAUGAUGUCUGAAAAAGUUAACAAGGAAAAACUGAUGUAAGAGUGAGUGAUUGAAAUACUCAUUAUGAUGACGUCUCUUAUGAGACUCUGACCUGAUUAUCAUUACCGUGGUAAGAAACCACGUCCACUACGUAAGAAAUCGGGAUAUCAAUGUCAUACGUGUACUUACUGAAUGUAAUAACCAUGUUAGCGAAUCGGCCUGUUAAACUUAGGUAAUUUUUAAUUCUGGUUGCCAAAAUGACGAUUCGUUAACAAGUUUAUGGCAAUUCGUUAACAAAUAUAUCAAGGAUACUUUUUUUUGUUUGAUUUUUGUCCGAUUUGUCAAAAAUUUGGUGACUUUGGAUUUCCAUACAUAAACACAUGGUUAGAAUUUGAAUUAUUUUAUAUAAAUGUUGACGGAUGUUAAUUGUUCAUUUGAACAGCCGUUCUGAAACUGGUGAUUAAGAUUUUCACUUCGUGUUUUAGUGGACCAAUUAUUAAAAAUAUAAAUAAUAAUUAUUAUUAAUUACUGUGUUAUAGUCGGUUGCAAUCCUUAUGACGUUUCGGAAUAUCGUAUCGUAUGCGUUAAGCUGCGCAAUACAAGAUUUUAGGUAUCAGCGGUAACAAAGAGGCACGGCAGGGCAUCACCCCGCGCACCUCCCUCCCACCCACUGUCACACGUCUUGACUUGUUAUGCCGACACGCAGCUCGUUUCAGCUAUAUCAUAAAUAUUGCAUCCGACUAUACCUACUAUAAAAAUAUAAAUAAAGAAUUUCGAUUAUUAGCUAGUGAAUAGUUUAAUUUUCUAUUUUGUGUACCUUGUACUUUAAUAAAUAAAUAUGAUUAAAUCUA